GUUAGCGAGGAGGAGGAGGGAGGAAGAAGAAGAAGGAGGCGGAGGCGGAGAGACGACGCUGACGACGCCGAAGCGGGACAACCAGGCAGCGCCGGCGACGACGACGACGACGACAGCAGCGGAGGGGAGCGAGCGAAGCGAUGGCGUCGACGGAUUAUAGUACCUACAGUCAAGCAGCUGCCCAGCAGGGCUACACUGCAUAUGCGGCUCAACCAACUCAAGGAUAUGCACAGACUACCCAGCAGGCCUACGGACAGCAAAGCUAUGGCACGUAUGGGCAACCCACGGAUGCCAACUACACCCAGGCUCAGACCACAGCUACCUACGGGCAGACUGCAUAUGCGGGUUCUUACGGGCAGCCUCCAACUGUAGAAGGGACCAGCACAGGUUAUACCACCCCAGCUGCCCCUCAGGCUUACAGCCAGCCCGUCCAAGGGUACGGCACCGCUGCUUAUGACACCACAACUGCCACUGUUACUACCACACAGGCUUCCUAUGCCGCCCCAUCUGCUUAUGGCACUCAGCCAGCUUAUCCUACCUAUGGACAGCAGCCAACAAGUACUACGGCUGCGAGACCCCAGGAUGGCAGCAAACCUUCAGACACCACCCAAGCUCAGUCUAGUUCAACAGGCUACAGUCAACCGAGCCUAGGAUAUGGCCAGAGUAACUACAGUUAUCAGGUUCCUGGAAGUUACCCAAUGCAGCCGGUGACUGCACCUCCAGCCUACCCACCAACUAGCUACUCUUCCUCUCAACCAAGUAGUUACGACCAGAGCACUUACUCUCAGCAGAGCACCUACGGGCAACAGACUGGCUAUGGCCAACAGAGUAGCUAUGGGCAACAAAGCAGCUAUGGGCAGCAGCCCCCCACCAGCUACCCACCUCCCACUGGAUCUUACAGCCAGGCACCAAGCCAGUACAGCCAGCAGAGCAGCAGCUAUGGGCAGCCAAGUUCAUUCCGCCAAGACCAUCCCAGCAACAUGGGUGUGUAUGGCCAAGACUCUGGAGGCUUUUCUGGCCCAGGAGAAAGCCGGAGCUUGAGCGGCCCUGAAAGCAGGGGCAGGGGCAGAGGGGGAUUUGAUCGUGGAGGCGUGAGCAGAGGUGGGCGGGGAGGAGGAGGCCGCGGCGGAAUGGGCAGCGCUGGAGAGCGAGGUGGCUUCAGUAAGCCUGGUGGACACAUGGAUGACGUGGCAGAUCUCGAUUUAGGCCCACCUCUAGACCUGGAUGAUGACCUUGAUAACAGUUCCGUGUACGUACAGGGCCUGACUGACAAUGUGACUCUAGAGGAUCUGACUGACUUCUUCAAACAGUGUGGCAUUGUUAAGAUGAACAAAAGAACUGGACAACCCAUGAUCACAAUCUAUCUUGACAAAGAUACCGGGAAGCCCAAAGGAGAUGCAACUGUCUGCUAUGACGACCCACCCACCGCCAAAGCAGCCGUAGAGUGGCUCGAUGGGAAGGAGUUCCAAGGCAGCAAACUGAAGGUCUCCAUGGCUCGGAAGAAGCUGCCUCUGAACAGCAUGCGAGGAGGCAUGCUGCCCCGGGAACCUCGAGGCAUGCCUCCUCCUCUCCGUGGAGGUCCAGGAGGCCCUGGUGGCCCCGGUGGACCAAUGGGCCGUAUGGGCAGCCGAGGUGGUGACCGGGGCGGUGGCUUUGCUCCGAGAGGGCCCCGAGGAUCCCGAGGAAACCCUUCGGGUGGUGGAAAUGUCCAGCACCGAGCUGGAGACUGGCAGUGCCCAAAUCCGGGCUGCGGAAACCAGAACUUUGCUUGGAGAACAGAAUGCAACCAGUGCAAGGCUCCGAAGCCCGAAGGUUUCCUCCCGCCACCUUUCCCGCCUCCAGGUCCUGGAUUCUUGCUUGGAAAGCCGCUGCCACUUAGAGGGCUCAUAUACGGGACCAAUAGUGGUGGUGAUCGCGGCAGGGGCGGCCCCAGCGGCAUGAGAGGAGGCCGAGGAGGCCUGAUGGACCGCGGCGGCCCCGGAGGGAUGUUCCGCGGAGGCCGUGGGGGAGACCGAGGCGGGUUCCGAGGAGGCCGUGGCAUGGACCGAGGCGGCUUCGGAGGGGGCCGGCGAGGAGGCCCCGGGGGCCCGCCUGGACCUCUAAUGGAGCAGCUAGGAGGCCGAGGCAGCAGGCGCGGAGGACCAGGGAAGAUGGACAAGGGGGAGCACCGUCAGGACCGCAGAGACCGGCCCUAUUAGCGGCCAGUGGCUUCCCUUCUUUUUUUCCUGCUGGACUGCAUUUACUACCAGAUUUAUUUUUUAAACCAGAAAAUGUUUUAAAUUUAUAAUUCCAUAUUUAUAAUGUUGGCUCCAACAUUAUGAUGAUUCCUUGUCUGUACUUAGUAUUUUUCACCGUUUGUGGAGAAACAUUAAAACAAAAGUUAAAUGGUA